CAAAUUGGUUUUUGCUUGUGCCUCUUCUACUCUUCUUCCUUGUUUGAAUAUUAGUUGUAUGUGUGUGGUUUUUUUGGGUGAAGAAUGUUGAGGUCGAUUACAGGUAAACCAGGUCCAAGUGGUUUUGGAUCAGCUUCUACAGCUGAACAAGUUACUCAUGGCAUUGAUGGCUCCAACCUCACAGCCAUUGUUACAGGAGGCGCGAGUGGCAUUGGUUUGGAAACAGCAAGAGUUUUAGCAAUGAGGAAUGUUCAUGUCAUCAUUGCAGCUAGAAACAUGGAGGCUGCGAACGAGGCAAAACAGCGUAUUGUCAAGGACAACAAAGCUGCUCGUGUCGAUGUUGAGAAACUUGACCUGAGCUCAAUUAGAUCUGUCAAGGCAUUUGCUGAUAAUUUCAAAGCACUUAACAUUCCACUCAACAUCUUAAUAAACAAUGCAGGUAUUAUGUUCUGCCCAUUCCAGCUAUCAGAAGAUGGCAUAGAGCUGCAAUUCGCGACAAAUCAUCUAGGUCACUUCUACUUGACUAAUCUUCUUCUUGACAACAUGAAGGAAACUGCAAAAUCUAGUGGUAUCGAGGGUAGAAUUGUUAACUUGUCAUCAGUAGCUCACAUCUGCCCUUACAAAGGCGGGAUAAGAUUUCACAAGAUCAAUCACAAGAGCAGUUAUCAAAACAAACUAGCUUAUGGGCAAUCCAAAUUAGCCAACAUAUUACAUGCCAAUGAACUUUCUCGCCACUUGCAGGAAGAGGGAGCAAAUAUAACUGUAAACUCAGUGCAUCCUGGUUUAAUAAUGACUUCCCUCAUGAGGCAUUCUGCUCUUUUGAUGAGUAGGUAUUCUAUAUUAUUAAACAUUUACCAAAUAUUAGCUCAAAGGGAGAUUUUUUUUUUUAAUAAUUGCUUGGAUUUUCUUUGUCAGGAAUCUUUAGGGCUUUCACUUGUUUCCUAUGGAAGAAUGUCCCUCAGGGGGCAGCUACAACAAGUUAUGUUGCACUUCAUCCCAGUCUAAAAGGGGUGACUGGAAAGUACUACUUUGACUGCAAUGAGCACAAGCCAACCAAGCAAGCACGAGACGAAGCUUUAGCAAAAAACCUUUGGGAUUUCAGCAACAACUUGGUUAAUGCAUCUCUAAAGACUUGAUUAAAAAAAUGCAGUUGUUCAUAAAGUAAAGAAUAUUAUGUCAUUGACAUUUUAUGAAAAAGUUGUUAGAAUAUUGCUGCUAGUCCUGCUUCCAAUCCGAGGGCUUGUUUCUCUGUAUUAAUUAGAUUUUAUGCCUACGUUUAAAAUCCGAA